AUGUCGGGUGAUCACAAAACAUUGAUAAAGGGAAGCCCAUCGCAAUAUGUAAAAUUAAACGUGGGUGGAACAUUAUUUUACACUACAAUUGGUACACUGACCAAAAGUGAUAAUAUGUUAAGAACCAUGUUCAGCGGCAGGAUGGAAGUCCUAACAGAUUCAGAGGGAUGGAUCUUGAUAGAUCGAUGUGGUAAACAUUUUGGAACUAUCUUGAAUUAUCUACGUGACGGCACUGUGGCACUACCGGAUAGUUACCGUGAAAUUAUGGAAUUGUUGGCCGAAGCUAAAUAUUUCUUGAUAGAAGAGUUAACUGAAUCUUGCCAACAAGCACUCAGUAAAAAAGAAAGAGAAGCUGAACCUAUAUGUAGAGUUCCUUUAAUUACAUCACAUAAAGAAGAACAACUUCUCAUAAUGUCCACUUCAAAGCCUGUAGUAAAAUUACUGAUUAACAGACAUAACAAUAAAUACUCCUACACAAGUACAUCAGAUGAUAAUUUGCUAAAAAAUAUUGAAUUAUUUGACAAACUGUCACUACGCUUCAGUGGGCGUGUCCUCUUUAUAAAGGAUGUUAUAGGCUCUAAUGAAAUUUGCUGCUGGUCAUUUUUUGGUCAUGGAAAAAAAUGUGCUGAAGUUUGCUGCACAUCUAUUGUAUAUGCAACUGAUAAAAAGCAUACAAAAGUGGAAUUUCCUGAAGCAAGAAUUUAUGAAGAAACGUUAGGUAUUUUACUAUAUGAAAGCCGUAAUGGACCUGAUCAAGAUUUAAUACAGGCCACAUCAUCUCGAGGUGCAGUUGGUGGACUAUCCUGCACAAGUGAUGAGGAGGAAGAGCGCUCUGGUCUGGCCCGACUCAGAUCAAAUAAACAGAAUAAUCAAUCU